GAAUGGGAUAUUCGCUUUAAGAAAACGCUUGGAAAAUGGAUGGAUAAACCUACGAAUGGAAGAGACUUCUGCUCUAUGGAAUCUCCGAGAAACCAACAAAUGCGUGCCCGUCUGCUAGCUACAAUGAUAAACGGCAAUACUGAAGAAUGGGAUCUUCUCAUGCUCUUCUAUGCUAUCCUUUACUCAGAGAGUCUUGGACGCGGAAUUAGUGCAGAAGUCCGUUCAGCAGUGGAUGAUCUCAGAAAUCUUCGCAACGAACUUGCUCACUCUGCCCAGGCCCGGGUCUCAGAUUCAGACUUCUUUUCUCUCUUCAACAGAGUUAUUCGUGCUUUUCAGUCACUCGGUCUCUCUCCUCUUCCGCUAAGAGGCGUGGUAGAAGAGGACCUUGCAGGUAAAAGUUGUUUGAGCUUUCAUAGAGCCCUUUCACUCCGGCAGUCAAUAUGGAGAGGAGGGGGAAUGUGUUGUUCUAACUUCGGAGUCUGUAGAUAAAAUCGUUUGAUGUGGUCAUGUAAAUUAACUGAAGCACUACUUGCAUACGGUCCUUUCGGUUUUUAUAAUUUUACAAAAUCAAAUUUCGAAUUUUUCUCAAAUUUUCACAAGGGCCACUGUUAGGAAUGAAAGUAUUAUUAGGAGGUUUAUUUUUCUUUUUUGAUAUAAUCAGUGCAAUGUAAAACCGUUUACAGCAUUUUGUGAUUUAUAUCCUUUACCAUAAUUUACAAAGAGGAUUGCAGUUUCAUUUUGUCAAGGUCGGGAACAAGAUUAGUAUAUAAUACUAUUGUUUUUCGUUUCGUUCGUAAAUGAUUAUGCUUGCCUAAAUGAACAUAAACUACAAAUACAAAAGAAAAUAAACAAACAAACAUAAAUAGCUUGUAAAAAGGAAAAAAAACUCAUUACAAAUCAGCACAUAACAAAAACGCAAGGAAGUAAAAUUCCUCUUUCCCGAAGAAAUCCCUCUGAAUGUUUAGUUUUAUAGUUAGAAGUGUAAGAAAACUGUCGAAAGAGUAGCGAUUCGUUAUUAGUCCUUCCUUAUAUUAUUGUCGAAACCUCCAUGUACAAUCGUACUGUUUGAUAAUGCGAGUUUCUUCAAUUUUCUUGGUUCACCAAUUCUUCCAAAAGGCUAUAGCUAAGGAACAGAGUAAAAACAGUGAUUUAGGGCUGUGUAUUAUACGUCCCGAAUCGCCGACUGGGCACUUUCUUUUGCGUAAUGUUCAUAACUAUUUCUCUUUUUUCUCAUUGACGUAGAUCUAACGACUAAUUCUUCAUAACCAGCCAGCUUUGGCCAUAAUUUUUUAAAUUUUGCUUUCGUAUUAUAUGAAGAAUUACGCAAUGCAAGGAGGGUGCUAUCCGCUUGGGCUUCCUCGAUUUCAAUAAUUCUUCAUAUCAUGCGAAAGCCUUGUUCUUCGUUUCUUCGUUUCUCUCCACAGAAUGUUCAACAGAACAACUCAACUACUUCAAGAUGUGUUACCUCGUCUCUGAUGUUGUGACCAAGGGACUGAGAAUGUUGUUUAAAAGGGAGUGGGAUUUUCGCUAUGAGAAAACGCUUGGAGAAUGGACGGAUAAACCUAAAAAUGGAAGAGACUUCUACUCGAUGGAACUUCCAAGGAGCCGUAAAACGCGUGCCCAUGUGCUAGCUACAAUGACAAACGGCAAUACUGAAGAAUGGGACAUCACCAUGCUCUGUUAUGCCAUUAUGUAUUCCGACAGUAUUGGCUCUUCGUUAAGUCCAGCUGUUAGGUCACAAGUGGAUGUUUUGAGAAACGUUCGCAAUGAGACAAUGAACAGCUCACGGGCUAGCCUGUCAGUGGCAGACCUUCAAGACAUCGUUCAAAAAGUUCACUUCGCUUUUAGAUGUCUUGGUCUUUCGACACAACUAGUCCAAGACCUUGAGAAGCAAACGUUCCAAUUUGAGCCGACAGAGGGAAGUUACGAUGAAAAACAGCAAUUGGAAAAACAGGUGGAAGAUCUUGAAUUCGAGGAGCAAAAAGAUGUUUCCUCAUUUUGCCGGCUGCCAUUAAAACCUCCACUGGACAUUAUAGGUCGAGAAAGUGAUAAAGAGAAAAUUGUUCAAGAACUUCAGAAGCUGAAGAAGAACAAUGAAGUCGGCCUAAGUUGUCUAAUCAUAUCAGGAAGGCCUGGAAGUGGGAAGUCGCAGCUUGCAAGACAGGUAGCUGAGAGUUUUUACUACGAUGCUACAAAAAUCACCGACGUCCACGCAUUUGUUAUGACGCUGAAUGCUGAAAGUUCUGACAGCCUUUUGGAAUCAUUCACCUCAUUUGCCAAACAGAUGAAAUGCUCAGAAAUUGAAGUUAACAAGGUCCUUGUAUCCGAGGACGAAACGUCCGAUGAGAAAAUAAUCAGGCUAAAGAAUCUGAUCCAGGAAAGAAUCCAUCUUUACGCGACAUGGCUCUUGGUCAUCGAUAAUGUAACCGGUGUCCGUAACAUUCUCAUGUCAUUGCCAGGGGCUGGAAAUGCAUUGUGGAAAACGGGACAAAUGCUAAUCACAACCCGUGACACCGUCGCUGAACUGCCCGAGGAUACUUUCACGUCUCACAUCUCAAUAAAUCAAGGAAUGGAGCCCAAUGAUGCUGUAUCUUUAAUGGCCUCGGUCUCCGGUACUGGUGACAAAGAAAUGAUUGCAAAAGUGGCAAAGGAACUGGAUUUUCAGCCCCUUGCUUUGGUGAAUGCUGCGACGUGCGUCAAACACGAUUGUCAGAGCAAUGAAGACCCCAAUCUUGCCUGGACAGAGAUCCUCAAUGCACUGAAAGCAGACAAGGAACAAUCCGUUUUUGCUGAUGUUUCUACACCCGAGUCGAGUAUCGUCAAAUCCACAGAUGUAGUAAUACGUCUAGCGGUUGAAGAACACAUCAAAAACGAUGUCAUAAAGCUUGUCUUCACCUUCCUGUCCUUGUUCAAACGAAAAGUGUUUGAUUUACAUGCGUUGAUCACUUACGUUCAGAAUGUACUAGAAGAACGCCAGGAUAAAGAAGAGAUUAGGAAGAAGAGUGAGUCCCAAAUUAAAGCCUGCCCACUACUGUUGCUUGAAGAAGAGGCAAAUAACGUUAAGAUUGGUGUUCACCAAGUUGUGUUUAAUAGUAUUAAGUCCACACUCAAAAAGCGUUCGAUUCCUGAUAGUCAGAUUCGUGCUGCUGUUAAGUUAUCUUACCAAAUGGAAAUUGAUCCUUUUGAGGAGAGUUCAGACACGUUAGAACUCGUUGACGAUGAACGCUUCAUUCCAUUUUUUUAA